GGAAUGCUGGUUCUAAGUACAGCGCUUACUCUCAUCCCCGAUUCUCCCCGAAAUUCCUCUCUCUCUCUCUCUCUCUCUCUCUCUCUCUCUCUCUCUCUCUCUCCGUUCUCCCGUCCCUUUCUCCUCUCUUUUCAGCUUCUCUUUGCGGAGACGAGCUUUUGGGAAUCUGGUUGAAAGCGGUGCGUUUCGGGCGCAGUGAUUAGGCUUUUGGGACUCGGGAAGUGUUGGGGCUUUGUUCAGAGAACAUUAUCUCGGCGGUGGUUUCUUCAGUUCAGUGGCAUUUGGGUGCUGCAAGUCGUGUGUGCUUAUUUUCAGGGAAGUCUAUGCAGUAUCAAUUGUGGGGCUUUUCCAACUGCUGUGACCAAUCUGUUGGAUCCUACUAGGCUAUACAGUCUCUCUGCUUGGGGCAAGGCUUGUCUUUGUUUGGUACCCCCUAGUCACCACUUUUGUUUUUCUUCCUGGAUGAUUUGACUGGAUUUGAAAUCACAUAUGUUUUGGAGGUAUGGCAUUGUAUGACACUCGUGGUCUUGGUAAAAACAAAAGGUUGUGGGCCAAAGAAGAAGAUGAAAAAUUAAUUGAGGCUCUUCUUGAGUUGCAAAACACAGGAAAGUAUAAUCCUGAUUGUGAUUUCAAACCAGGUCAUUAUGGUGCAGUUGAGAGGAUACUUGCAAUGACUUUGCCAAAUUCAGGUUAACUGAGUUUGCAAAAUAUUGUGCCAUGGGUCCUGAUUUAGAACUGGUAGGAAAAACAGAAACUGCUAUGGACGUUUUGGCUAACAAGACAGAUGGAACAACUCCAAAAGAUCAUGAGAAUAAUAUUUUGAAGUGUACAAGUAAUUAUGAGUACAAUGCCUCUGCUAUUGAAGCUUUCCUGGAUGAGCAUACAAUGCCACCUGAUGGAAAUGAAGAUAGAGAGCUUGAUAUAAUGGAUUGUGUGAAUACUAGUAACACUGGUAUAGCUAAAACUGAUUGCCACGAUGCAACUGAGAGUUCAAGUUCUUUUGGAGACACUCUUUCUGGGAUUGAAGAUGGUUCUUUGCUAAGCGAUGCUGAAGUCCAGUCAGAAUUGCGUGGUCACAACACAUCAGCAAUGAUAAUUGAUGGGUGUGGUGAAGUAUUUCGAGUGAGGAAGAAAAAAUUGACAGCCCAUUGGAUGAGGUAUAUACAUCCUUUAAUGUGGCGGUGUAAGUGGAUAGAAUUGCAAAUAAAGGAAUUUCAGUCCCAAGCAUUAAAAUAUGACAGAGAACUUGCAGAGUAUGGUAAAAAGAAGCAGUUUGAAUUAGAGAAGUUCACAGAAGAGGUUGGUGCAAGAUCAGUUCCAUUUCCUGAUCAACAUUCAGGGAAAAAAGUAAUGAAGAGAAAGAAGAGAGAAAGAGUAGAAGACAUGACUGAUAUAGCAUCAUAUAUGUCGCACCAUAAUUUGUUCUCCUAUUAUGAAGUUAAGAGGCCUGCUGCUGAUGGUGCUUCUAUGGAUGAUGCUUGCCGUACUCUAGUGGUUUCUACAGAUAAGACUAUCAAUGGCAAUGUUGAGUUUGGAGCUUAUGAUGAUUGGCCAUUCCUUGAGUUGGGGAAUGGUGAUAAUUCUCUGGAACAAAUCCUACGGAGAAUUGGUGAGGCAGAGUCUCAAGUUCACAAGCUGAAGGGUCGAGUUGACAAGCUGAUAAGUGAAAAUGCUGGAAAUUUCUCUUCCACGAAUAACUUGAGCAUGCUUGUGCCAUGUGAUGCAUUAACCUGCUCUACUCAAAAUCCUGCUUCUCCGCCUAGUAGCAGAGAUAAAAAGCCAAUUGGAUCCAUACAUACUGCCUCUCACGGCAUAUGGGAGGAUGGUUGUGCUGCAGAUGUGGUUUUGCCUGAACAUGCUGUCUCAAAUCACGUAGGGGUCCCUCGUCUUGAUAUAAUUGAAAGCACCAAUCAGCCUUGUGUUGAGGGUUCAUGGAAGACUGGGGAGGGAAUUCUACUACAGAACCAGAAACUGAAGGAAGAGUUGCAUAAUUGUGAGGAGCCUGUAGGAAAGCCACAGGUGCCCAAGGACGAGCAGGAGAAUGCCAUUCCUCCAGUCUUGGCUCACAAAAUUGACUCACCCAAAGAUGAGCAGCCGUCUCAGAAACUUCCUCCCAUUUCCCGUGUUAAUAAUGCCUCUAAGAACAAGAGAAAGAGGGGGAGGCGAAAGGCUGGCGGUGGGUGGAGCCAGAGAACCCAUGGCUAGGCUCAGAUUGAUUUGAGUAGGAAGCUCAUCCUUCAACCACUGAAAAUGCUAGAGGAAACUGAAAUUGCUGUGAAAAAAUGAUGUCAACUGUCUUUGCUGCUGAGGGAAUUUGUAGAUGCUGCUUCUGUAUAUGCUGAUGGACUGUUGGUAAACGGUAACGAAAUGACGUCGACUGCUUUUGCUGCAACUGGAAUGGAUUUGUAUAUCCCACCUCAAAAGAAAAAAAAAAUUGCAGCUACAUAUGCUGCUAUGAAUAUUUGUACAUGCUUAUAAGCUCUCUCUCUCUCUCUCUCUCUCUCUCUCCCAUUUUUGUAGGCUUGUGUUUUUCUUUUUAUAUAGCACGUUUUAUAGCAUCAAAUAUCUCUACACCCUCGUUUACAUUUUGAGUGGAAAUUAAAUUUUGCAUCUUGUUUGUGUACAAA